CGAGACCCGUGGUCCUCUUGCAGCACGGGUGACUCUGAGAAGAUUCCUUGUGUAUAGCAGCGUUACCAGCCUGAAAUGACUGAGAAAAUACCACAUUGAUCCAUGCAGAGAUACAGGUGUCAUGUGUGAAUGGCAGUGACGUGGCUGAGAAGUGAACAGCAGCAGCAGCAGCAGUGUUCUCUACCUGUUUGAUGAGAUCAUCAGCUCACAGACAGAGACAGAGACAGAGGAGGAGAAUACACACAGAUACACACAGUCUACAGGACAAUUAAGUGAUAUAAGAUGAAAAUGCGGAACAGUCGAGACAUUGUCACCAUCCUGUUCAUCGCUCUGCCCUGGACUCUGCUAGUUACUGUUUGGCACUGGAGCACAGUUAAUUUUCCACUCACUCCUCGAGAAGAUGACAGACAAAGCAGCCGUUCGAGCUCUCAGGACACUUCUGCUGUCAACAAGAUGUGUUGCCCACAGAGCGGGGGCAUCAACUACACCGACAGUCGGCCCCCUCCCUGGUCUAAUAUCCUGCCGAUGAUCUUUGUCAUUACCCCCACCUACGCCCGACCAGUGCAGAAGGCGGAGCUAACACGUCUGGCCAACACCUUACUCCACAUGUCCAACCUACACUGGAUCCUGGUGGAGGACUCUGAAAGAAAGACCCCUUUGGUCAGUGGUUUCCUCCAAAGGACAGGGCUGAACUACACCCACCUCAAUGUUCAAACACCCAAGGAGUACAAGUUCCCUGCGAACAGGGGAGUUCCACAUGGAACCCUCCAGAGGAACUUGGCCCUGCAGUGGCUUCGUGACACUUUCAGCACCGGUGCCAGCCAGUCUGGGGUUGUGUACUUUGCAGAUGACGACAACGCGUACAGUCUCGAGCUUUUUGAUGAGAUACGAACUACCAAAACGGUGUCCGUGUGGCCUGUGGCGUUUGUUGGCGGCCUCCGCUACGAGGCCCCUAAAGUGAAUGCUUUGGGCAGGGUCUAUGGUUGGAAGGCACUGUAUGCUCCCGAAAGACCUUUUUGCAUCGACAUGGCUGGGUUUGCUGUGAACCUGCAUCUCAUUCUGUCAAAACCACAGGCUAAUUUUCAGUUAUAUGGGGUAAAGACAGGGUAUCAGGAGAGCAGCCUGCUAACAGGGCUGGUGACCCUGGAUGAGCUGGAACCUAAAGCUGCUAACUGUACAAAGAUAUUGGCGUGGCACACAAGGACAGAAGCACCACAGAUGUUAAAGGAAGACAAGGACAGAUUUACAGACCAUGAAAUGGAGAUAUGACAGUCGUCAUCAUCAGACAGAUAAUAAAAGAGGAGGCAGACUCAUUUUGGGAUUAACACGAACACAUCUAGUUUAGGACUGACCUAGAUGAGAGAAGAGGUCGAGUGAAAUAGAGACAUUACAUUUCAGCUGGAAAUUGGUGUUUUUUUCGAGAGUUGUCACAGUGUCAAUUUUUAUUCUAUUUUUUUGGAGCCAUGAAUGUGAUUGUCUAUUGGUUAAGGGUGGGGCAGUGGUGGCUUAAGGAAGCGGACUUGGGUCGGGAAGGCUUCAGGUUCGAGUCCACCAGCUGCCAAGUUACCACUGAGGUGCUCUGAGCAUGGCACCGUCCCCACACACUGCUCCCCAGGUGCUUAAAGCUGCCCACUGUUCACUUUGGUGAUGAGUUAAAAACAGAGGUCACAUUUGGUUGUGUGCAGUGGUGAGCUGUAGUAGUUUACUUUCCUUCUUUUGGUGUUGCUCAAUUAUGUUGCUUACUUAUGUUUAAAGAGGGGGGGGGGCGUGGUUUGCCGUGUUCUUUGUUGAUCGCUUAUUUUAAAUGUUAUUCACUGUUCAUUGGAUUUAUUUGGAUUUAGUAGUGAACUGUAUUGGGUAACCUUUUUUGUUUGGUUAAUAAAUAUUUUCAUACUCUGAAAUCCCAAUGAAUCUUUUUGAUAACGCGUCUGACAUCCGGGCCUAUUUUCAGUUCUCUCUGAGUGGCUUAAAAGUCACUACACAAUGUUUUUAAAGUGCAUAACUGGACUAGCCGGUCCACCGGCCGACCUGGCUGGUACAUCUCCGGUUCCGCCAUCAGACCACCUCCGACAAAAAAAACAAAACAGGCCUGUCUGUUCUGUUUGAAACAGUUGUCCGUGUGAGAUGAGUCUCCUAAUUUAUCUGCAGUUUAAACUACAGGAAGA